AUGAUAUCACCACCAAGCAGUCCUUCCUAUGUUCAAUAUCACUCUCAAUUCCUUUCAGCACCGCAAGGGCGAAAUACUCUUCCUUUCUUUCGGACAUCUCCAACCCGCACUUCUACUCAUAUACGAAGUCACAGCAUAGCCUUGGGAGGCGGUACCAAACGCCGCGUGCGUCCAAAUAUUACGAAGCUUUGGGAAAGCAUCUCUUCUCCAUCUCCUCGAGGCAGCAAGUCGUCGCCUAUCCUCAAACAUCCAUCGCCGAUCCAUAGACACUUUCCUAGGUCCUCGCCUAACAUCUUGCGGGCGAAGCGCAAGAUAAAACGUCCUUCAGUAUCAGACGUCUUUUACUGUGGAUCCAGGGUUCAGGGUAACAUCAAUGGGGACGUCGACGUAGACUACGGUGCAUUGGACCCGCUUGAUGGUGAAGAAGGCGAACUCGUAGAUCACGAAGCCUCCACCUCCACGUUCAUUUCCACGCACUACCGCCCCCCUGCCCAAACUUCCCUUCCCCUCCCUCCAGAACUCAUCCUACACAUCUUCUCCCUCCUCCCAAUGCGUUCUGUCUUAGCAUGCAUGCUCGUCUCUCGUUCUUUCUACACACUAGCCAAAGACCCGAGCGUCUGGCUAGGAGUGUGGAGAGCAAGAGAGGGUCGUCCAAGAGUCCAACCACGCGAAGUUGAUGCUAACCGACCAUCAAUUUACAUCCCUUAUGCGGAUCCGAUCUUGAGAAGAAGCACGAAUUUGGGACCUCUCCGGCUUAACUGGCACACCCUCUACCGCUCGCGUGCCACGCUUGAAAGAAGAUGGCGAGAUCCAGGCGGUGAACCGCGGGUAAUGCGGAUUGAGGGGCACGGAGACAGCGUCUACUGCCUCGACUUUGACUCGCGACGGAUCAUCACAGGAUCUAGGGAUAGAACUAUCAAAGUGUGGUGUAUUCGCACUGGCGAGUGUCUUGCGACGUUUGAAGCUCAUUUGGGGAGUGUGCUUUGUUUGAAGUUUGAGAAGGACUUUGAUGCGAAGCGAUCUCAUACGCGCCGGUCUUCUUCUCGUGAGCCUGGUAAAGAGGAGGAGGGUGAGGAUGCGAACGAGGUGGAAGAUGAGGAAUCGCACGGUAUGAUGGUAUCCGGUUCUUCAGAUUGCACAGUACGCGUCUGGGACUUAUACGCAAAGCAUCGUGAUUCGGGAAUACGGGCUGAUGUACGUGCGAUUCUGCGUGGCCAUUCGGGGGGCGUGUUGGAUUUGAGGAUGGAUGAGAAUUGGAUCGUUAGCUGCUCCAAAGACGCAUUGAUCAACGUCUACUCCCGAUCUACGCUCACUUUACAUGCUGUCUUACGAGGCCACGAAGGACCCGUGAACGCCAUCGGGCUCGAAGGCGGGAGAGUAGUGAGUGCGAGUGGGGAUGGUCGAAUGAUGUUGUGGGAUGCUGCUAGUGGGAAGUGUGAACGGGUGUUUGAGGGGCAUGAGAGGGGGUUGGCUUGUAUUGAGUUCAAGGACGACCUAAUUCUAAGCGGUUCAAAUGACUGCACGAUCAAGCUUUGGCGCGCAUCCACAGGAGAAUGUUUGCACACUUUUGCUGGUCAUACGUUGUUGGUCCGCGCGUUGUGUUUUGAUCCGAAGACUGGGUACGUGGUCAGCGCGAGUUAUGACAGGAGCGUUAGGGUUUGGGACGAGAAGAGGGGUGUUGGGAAGUUGGUGAGGGAGUUUAGGAAUUUGCACGCGAGUCAUAUCUUUGAUGUCAAGUUUGAUGUGGGAAGGAUUGUUAGCACUUCGCAUGACCAGAAGAUUGUUGUUUUGGAUUUCACAGACGGCAUCGAAGGCUCUGAAAUCUUUGGGUGA